CGUGAGGAGCUCGUUAACACAAACGGAUAAAAAAGAAACUGAGGGAAGCAAGCAGUGAUACUUAUAAUAACAUAUUUUAAAAGUGUUUUGAAAGAUUAUUUUAAUUUAAUCAAUAUAGAUUUUUUAUUCUUUGGAUUUGUUUUUUAAUUUCUAGGCUGUGAAUCAAAUAAUUAAUUAGAGAAUAGGCUACUAACCUAGUAGUUGGCAGAAAAACAAAUAAUGUCAAGCGAUAAAGUAGCAGUGGUUACAGGGGGAAACAAAGGAAUUGGUUAUGGAAUAGUGAAAGGACUAUGUGAGAAGUUCAAAGGUGUGGUGUACCUGACAGCCCGAGAUAGUAAACGGGGCAAAGCGGCUAUAGCUGAACUCAACAAGCUGGGUUUCAAACCUGAAUUCCAUCAGUUGGAUAUAACUGACAAGAAAAGUAUCUCAGCAUUUGCAGAACACAUAAAGAGUAAAUAUGGAGGAAUAGAUGUUCUGGUUAAUAAUGCAGCUAUUGCUUAUAAGAUGUCAGCAAAGGAACCAUUCAGUGAGCAAGCUGAAGUGACAGUGGCUGUCAACUACUUUGCCCAGGUGGACGUGUGUGAGGCGCUGUUCCCUCUGCUGCGUCCACACGCCCGAGUAGUCAACCUCUCCAGCUCUUGUGGCCUCUUGUGCAACAUUCCUUCUCCUGAACUGCGGAAGAGAUUGAAAGAUCCAAACCUCACCAUUAGUCAGCUAAAUUCUCUCAUGAAAGAUUUUGUACAGGCUGCUGCCGAGGGGAAGAACCAAGAAUUAGGUUGGGGGACAAGUGCAUAUAAUGUGUCCAAGGUGGGUUUGAGUGCGUUGACAUUUGCACAGCAAAGGCAGUUUGAUACUGAUCCCAGGCCUGGCCUCAUCGUCAACUGUGUACACCCAGGCUACGUGGACACAGACAUGACAAGCCACAAGGGCCCUCGAACUAUAGAGCAAGGUGCGGAUGCGCCAGUGUAUCUUGCCUUGCUACCAGAUAGCCCUGAUGUCAUAAAAGGACAGUUUGUGUGGUACGAUCGAAAAGUUGCUGACUGGGCUAAAUGAGUUAAUGACUUGAACCUUGGCUGCUCUCCGAUUCGCUGCACAACAUACUCGUUAUAAUACUGUGAUGUUAAUUGCAUAAGUUGGUUAUAAGUAACUAAUCUUGAUACUUUUUGUGCCUCAAUCUACUCUGGAGAUUUAUGUUAUAUAGUUGUAGUGAUUAAUGUAUUAAAUGUAAGAAGAUUUUGGUCAUUGAAAAUAAUUGAAUUUCGUAGAAUAGCUGGAUCGGCUGGCUGGUCCAGUGACCUGAUUUUCCAAAGCAAAUGUGUUUGGCGCUGUUACCAAAUGGCAGUACAAGUCAUUAAUUUGACUGAUAAUGUUAACAUUGUUUGUUUAUUUUUGUAGCAUUUCAUUGUUGAUACUUUUCCAAGUUUAAUAUCAAAUAUAAUUUGUUAAUGUUUUACUAAGAGC